GUUUGCUUUUCACUAAACAAUGUUUUUUUGUGCAUGCUAAUAUGGCAUAUUUAAGAGAAGUGCAUAGUCGACUGUUAUUAAAUAAAUAACAACCGGUUUAUGCUAAAUGCCUUAGCAUAAUGAUGUGCUGGUAUACAAAAGGGAGUGUAACAUGUAGCUCUGUUGAACCUUUUGCCUUUUUCUGAGCAGUAACUAUACUGUAGUUAAGUAAGCAAAGCAUUAUCUGUGUAGUUUUAUAAAGUGGUCAUCGUCACAAUGUGGCAUGUACGCAUUGCAAAACAUGGCCCGUGUAAUUAGGAAGUGGUACGCGGUGAGAUUUUGGUACAGGUGCAAUCAAUUGUGAUGUGACGUGUUUUCACAUUGUCAAACAUAAGUACAUAUACCAUUAAUUAUACACAUUAUUUUUUUGCAAACCAUUAAUUAUACGUAGGGUUUUUUUGCUGGAAACAGACAAUUAAUUUCUCUAAAAAGAAAAAGAAAAAAAAAAAGGAACACCACAAAAUGAGAAGUCCACCGCAGUUGCAGAAGUAAAAAAAAUGUACAAGAUCCAAUGUAUUGCAUAUGAUAAAUAUUUGCAUACUAUGGAGCAGGGCAGCAGUGUAGAGUAGUGGUUAGGGCUCUGGGCUCUUGAUAGGCGGGUCGUGGGUUCAAUCCCAGCUGGGGGACACUGCUGCUGUACCCUUGAGCAAGGUACUUUACCUAGAUUGCUCCAGUAAAAACCCAACUGUAUAAAUGAGUAAUUGUAUGUAAAAAAAUAAUGUGAUAUCUUGUAACAAUUGUAAGUCGGAUAAGGGCGUCUGCUAAGAAAAAAAAAAUAAUAAUACUCUAUUCUUAAUGGUGGAAAAAUAUGAUAAAUUCAAUUUAAAAAGACCGAAUACAGCAUAAAGUACCAGAUUUGAACAGGCACUUCUGUGCUUUCUAAGUGUUUAGGCAUGAGUGAGCUGCGUACCACUUUUUAUCAGAGUACCUGAAAAUAACACUACACCGAUACCAAUAAUACGGUAUACAGAUAAGUAGGCACCCAAGCUUUUUAACUUUAAACUGUGGCUAAUCAAGCUUGUAUUAAAACCUGGAAUGCAUGAACAAGCUAUGUAAUGGGAGUCUUAUUACCAUCCUGGCAGUGCUUUCUUUGUUGUUUGGUUUGCCUGGCACUUUAGGAACAGAUGCUGUAACCAAAACGAUUGCGAUCUCCCCCAAAGAACCAUGUCUAGGGAAACAGAGUGUUCCACUUGCUGUUUUAUAGCAGCCCAUGUACCAAACAAAACAAAUCAACAAAAAAAAAAUACAUAUCGUUUUUCCUUUUAGAAAACUGCUUAGUUAGUCCGGCACACUUUUUUAGGACGUCAUGAAAAACCUCAGAUGCAGCUGAUCCAGCACUCUGAAGAGACACUGCGGGCUGCCCUGGUCUCCAAGAGGCAGGACCUGGUGGAGAGCUACCAGAAAUACAGCCCCGGGGAGCGACGGCUGCUGGAGGAAGGGUUCCACCCUGACAGCGUGCUCUUCGGUCCCAUCACACUGCACUCGGAGUCGGACUGGAUUCACUCGCACCCAGAGCCCAGGCAGGACUUUGCAGAUUUCUACAGAAACCCCUACCGGAGCACCCCUGUCAAAGGCAGGAACACCAUCUACAUACAGACUAUUGGCUCGUUCGGGGAUUCGGAGGAGAGCACGCAGCUGUACGUGGAGUGGCUGCAGGAAUACUGUGAGGCGUUUUACUAUGGGCUGGCAGUGAGGCUGUUAGAGCCGGUCCCUGUGUCCGACACAGCCUGUGCCUUCCGGGUCAACACAAACUCCCACAACCUGCAGAUACACGCAGGUGAUCUCCUUCAUUACCUGAAGAAGAGAAAGCCCAGAGAUGCCUUCUGCAUUGUGGGAAUCACCAUGAUUGACCUGUACCCCAAAGACUCCUGGAACUUUGUCUUUGGACAAGCCUCCCUAACUGAAGGGAUGGGUAUCUUCAGUUUUGCCAGAUAUGAUGACAAUUUUUACAGCAGAAACUACAAAGGCAGGCUGCAGAAGACCAAGAAGCUGACUCCCGGGGACUACUCCCUGUUCAGUGGCUGCUACACCCCGCCCAUAACCAGCACACUGCUGUAUCGCUCCUGCAAGACGCUGACUCAUGAGAUUGGUCACAUUUUUGGGCUCAAGCAUUGUCAGUGGCUGCGUUGCGUGAUGCAGGGGUCCAACCACCUCGAGGAAUCGGACCGCAGGCCCCUCGACCUCUGCCCUAUCUGUGUGCGCAAACUGCAGUCUGCCAUCGGCUUCAGAAUUGCAGAGAGAUACCAGGCCCUGCUUCGUUGGAUAGAAAGUGGUUUGUCUUCUGUCACCAGCAAAGACAAGUUAGAAACUGAGACAAAGCCCCAUAAGCCCACCAGAGCAUUUGAAGAAUCCAGAGAGUGGUUACUGAAAUGCUUAAGUGUUCUUGAAGACGUUCUGAUUUAGACGUGUUGGUUGUUGUAAUGUAUGUAAUUUUUUUUUUGUUGCACAAUGUGCUAUGCAGUAGCCACACAGGUUUAAUUGAAUGAACUGCCUUUAAUUGUGCACAGUAUAUACAUGUUUAUACCAUUAGAAAUGUAACUACUUUACUCUGCCUCUGUGUAAAGGACUUUGAUCACAUUUGGAUGUUAACCAUCGUUUAUGGAAAUGGUCAGAAAUAUGUAGAAAUGACCACAGUAUUUUCAUAGAUGCAAGUGUUUUUUUUUUUUUUUUUUUUUUAAGUAAAUCAUACGAUUAAAAACA